CUGCCCUUGCAACCCACUGAACACACUGCUGUUCACUUCGAUCCUCAAUUAACCCUGUUUGCUCAAGACGAUUAUUGCUGCUAGGCUUUGGUAGCACUAAGUUUCCGCAGAGCUAGAAGCUAAAUUACAAUGAGCAAGUUUAGGUUUCGUGAAUAUGAUGCAUUAGGGUUGCGCAAGAAAGUGCCAGGCGACCAAGCUCCUUCAGCUUUUCACAUAAGCAAGCACAAGCUGAAGCAGAAGGGCGUGGAGGUUGUGUUUGAUGUUAAGGACUACAAGGAGUAUGUCACGGGAUUCCGCAAGCGCAAGCAGCAGCGGCGGCAAGAUGCCCAAAAGCAAAUCAAGGAUAAGGAGCGGCAAGAGCGCAACCAGCAGCGCUCUGAGAGGCGUACGAAGCUGAAGGAGCAGCUGGGCCUAGGGGACAACUACGGCGUUGAAUCCAGCAGCGAUGACGAUGACAACGACGCGGAGGAGAAGCCUCAGAACGUGACGGUAUACCAGGGCGAGGGCGGUGUCACCACCACCGUCACCACCAUGGCACUGGAGUCGUCUGACGACGAGGAGCAGGAGCAGGACGAGGGCAGCGGCGAGGAGGCGGGGAGCGAUGAGGAGGAUGGCGGGAGGGCUGGACCAGGGCCGAGCUCGAAAGGGCGAGCGGCUGCUGGGAAGAACGCUGGGAAGAACGCUGGCGGUGGGAGAGGUGCUCGACACCCGUCCGGAGGAGGGGCACCGCGGAAACAGAAGCAGCAAGGCGAGGGCAAGCGCUCGAAAAUGGGAGCUAAGGGCGGCGUCUCUAAAGGCGGGAAGAAGAAGGGCAACGGCAAGCGGUUAAAAGGGCGGGCAUGAACCUUGCGGCGGGUGUUGCUGUCCAGGCCAGCUGGGCCGGGUUGUUGUACUGUGCUAGACUGGGCAGCACUUCACUGCAAGGUGAGGUGCUGUCCGGUGCAGGGCUCUCACCCUGCGCUAGGGACCACACGGAUAAGUGUGACCGUGCACAUACAUGGGGCACAUUGCUGGACAGUGUCUAUGAGCUUCUAGGUGUAGCCCUCAGGCUGACACGUGCUGGCUGCAAAAUGUAUCACACAGUGUACCCGUAAGAUGCCGUAUUAGCACACCUCGUUGAAUGCCUUAGCGUUGGAACAAGCGCUGAUGGACACGGAGGUGUGCACUUUUGUGCCUUCAUGCUGCCUUGGGAAUGUUAAGAUGCCGCGUCCUGUUAGGAUGCCUAUGCAUGUUUAAGGACAAUCAAUUGCUGUUAGACUAAAUAGGGGUGUUGUGUCGCAUGUGGGUGAAAGCAUCCACACCGGUUGUUGCCGUCCCCAGGUGCUUUUAAGCCUAUAAGGUUCAUUCAGAUGAGACCAUUAUACUCAAGUGGGCCGAAAUUCCAUGUCUCUGGAUCCAGCGUGUUCCACAACGUUCCACAACCCAUUCCUCAUUGUCAGCGGGGUCACCUCCUUUGACAUUGUCGGACGGUACGGGCGCCGCCAUUUGGAUAGCGGCGCCCAAGGCAACCCGCAGCUUGCCAACAAGCCCUGUCAAGGCGGCGGUGCCGCCUGCGGAUGCGGAUACUGUGCUGAAACCUAUCCUCCUAAGACAGUUGCCACUGCUCACCACACUGCCACGGGCGCUGGCAACCGUUCGCAAAGUACGGCAGCCCGAAG